AUGAUUAACUCUAGGAGGCUCUUAGAGACAGCACGGGAAUGGCGAGUACGGGCCAUUAGACAGAGGAGGAGAAUCUCCCUCAAGAGCAGUCCUAGUGAUUGGGUGAAAGUAGCCCGCGAGGGUCACUUUAUCAUUUAUACAAUUGAUGGAAGCCGAUUCGGGAUUCCUUUGGCUUAUCUUAACCGCCCCAUCUUUAGAGAGUUGCUCCUGAUGGCCGAGGAAGAGUUUGGAUUCACAGGAUGUGGUCCAUUAAAGGUGCCAUGUGAGGCAUUUGUAAUGGAGUACACAGUCUCUCUAUUAAGCAAGAAUCCACCAAAGCAGGUGGAGAAGGCAUUGAUUUCAAUAACAUCAUGCAGAUCAUCUCUUGCGUCCCUUGUCCCGCAGAGAACGAUUCUGGAUAAUGCCGUUAUUUAUGGCUAUUAA